AUGUCUCUAUUCAAGGAUAUAAUUGUUCCAGAAUUAAACCUAACUUAUAAUCAACCUUUAGGUUUAUUUAUUAAUAAUGAAUUUGUAAAAUCCUCAGACGAUGCCACAAUAGAAACAUCCAACCCAUCCACGGGUGAACCAAUUGCUAAGUUUUAUGCUGCUUCACAUAAGGAUAUAGACAAUGCAGUCAAAGCUGCACGCUUAGCGUACCAAGAGACUUGGUCCAAGACUACACCUGCAGACAGGGGUAUUCUCCUAUCCAAAUUAUAUGACCUAAUAAAUGAACAUAAAGAUGUCAUAGCUGCUAUUGAUUCAAUUGAUUCAGGUAAACCAUAUCACACUAAUGCCUUGGGUGAUUUGGAACAAAUUCUUGAAUUAACUAGAUAUUUUAGCGGUGCAUCUGAUAAGUAUGUAAAGGGCCAAUACAUCCCGGUCAAUAAUGAUAAAUACGCUCUCGUAGUCAGAGAACCAUUUGGUGUUGUUGCUCAAAUUGUUCCAUGGAAUUACCCAGCGGCAAUGGCUAGUUGGAAAAUCCAAGGCUGCUUGGCUGCCGGCAAUUGUAUUGUAAUUAAGCCUGCAGAAAAUACAUCUUUGUCUUUGUUAUACAUGGCACAAUUAUUCAAAAAAGCUGGGUUCCCACCAGGUGUUUUGAAUGUUGUUCCAGGAUACGGCAACAUUGCAGGUUCUGCUCUAGCAGAGCAUAUGGAUAUUGACAAAAUUGCCUUCACUGGAUCAACUGCAGUUGGUAAGAAAAUUAUGUCGAUGGCUGCAUUGUCCAACUUGAAAAAUGUUACCCUAGAGUGUGGCGGAAAAUCACCAGCUGUUCUAUUCAAAGAUUCUAAUUUGGAUGAGGCUGUUAAGUGGAUCAGCAUGGGUAUCUUUUACAACAGUGGUCAAAAUUGUACAGCAAAUUCUAGAAUUUUAGUGGAAAAUUCUGUUUAUGAUGUGUUUAUUAAGAAAUUUGUUAAAUAUGUUGCUGAAAACUGGAACAUCAGCCCCAAUAUUUUUGAUAAAAAUUGUCAAGUGGGUCCUGUUGUAUCAAAAGUUCAAUACGACCGUGUUAUUGGUUAUGUCAACGAAGGGAAGAAAACCUUAAACUAUAAAUGCUUGAAUAACCCAGAAACUGUCAAUGAAUGUUCUAAAAGAGGGUAUUUUAUACCACCAACUAUCUUCCUUGAUGUUCCAAGCACUUCAAAGUUAUUCCAAGAGGAAAUUUUUGGUCCAGUGGGGGUAAUCACUAAGUUUUCUAAUUAUGAUGAAGCGGUUAGCUUGGCCAAUGAUACGUCAUAUGGUCUAGCUGCUGCUGUUUUUAGUGAAAAUGUUAGGGUUAUUAACCAAUUUGCCAAAGAUGUCAGGGCUGGUACCGUUUGGUGUAAUUCUUCAAACGAAGAAGAGGUUAGUUGUCCAUUUGGUGGUUAUAAAAUGUCUGGAAUUGGUAGAGAAUUGGGCGAAAGCGGUAUGGAUGCAUAUAUGGAAACAAAGUGUAUUCAUAUGAAUAUUUCUAAUUUAUGA